UUCCUUCCUUAAACGGUCACGUUUUGCGGAGAUUUGCUUUUCCUAACGUCUGCUUCAAAUGAAAGAGAGAGAAAAGGACGGAGAGAAGCUUGCUGAGAACGACGAUAAAGAGGGAGCAUAAGGCAGAGAGAGAGAGCGCGCGACUGAGGAGCUAAAGCAUAGAGGCCGGCAGCGGAAAUAAGGAAGAACUGGAGCUGGAUAGAUGAAGCAGGGAGAGUGCGAGUCUAGGCUGUGAGAAGCAAUUGAAGCUGAAAAUGGAAAGGAGCUCGGCUCGAGGACCUCGAAAAAAUCGAGAGAAGGAGAGGCUGUGAUUGGUGAAGGUCUGAGUCUGAGAAGAGGGAAGAGGGAGAGAAAAUAGAACCAGAAAACACAUAAAAGAGGAGAAGGGGAUAAAGGAGAACUGGAGGGAGAAAAGAGCCAAGAGCUAAGAGGAUAACUGCGGAGAAGGAGGGGCCGAGAGGGUCACCAAGUUGAGCUAUUGAGGGAUUUCCAAUCUGGUUCCCUUUGGUUGUUGACAUAUUGUGGAGAACAUUUUCUUUUUGAAAUAACAUAUUGUGGAGAACAUAUAGAUUUAAAUGGGAGAUAGAGAGGAUAGUAUAAAGCCCAGAAGGACAGUUUUUGUAACUGUGGGAACAACAUGCUUUGAUUCUCUUGUUAAAGCUGUGGAUAAUCAAGAAGUUCAAGAUGAGUUGUUAAGGAGAGGGUUUACAGACCUUGUUAUUCAAAUGGGUCGAGGAUCCUAUAUCCCAAGAAAGUCUAAUGGAGAAGAUGGUUCCUUAGUUGUGGACUACUUCACUUUUUCAUCAAGUAUAGCAGAUUAUUUGCAAUCAACUUCUCUUGUGAUUAGUCAUGCUGGGUCUGGGAGCAUAUUUGAGAGCUUAAGGCUUGGUAAACCGUUAAUUGUGGUGGUGAAUGAAGAGUUGAUGGACAAUCAUCAAAGUGAACUAGCAGAAGAACUAGCAGAGAGGAAGCAUUUAUACUGUGCUCGCCCCCACACACUUCAUCACACUAUAGCUCAUAUGGACUUCGACUCUCUCCUUCCUUACACUCCAGGAAACGCCAGGCCAGUUGUCAGCCUUAUUAACAAAUUUCUGGGUUUUCCAGAUGAUUGAUAAUACUCUGUUGCUUCCACUGGUGAGUUUGGAUCCAUAUAUAUAUAUAUAUAUACACACACACACGUAUGAUAACGCAUGAACCCUAAGACUAAGGCCAAACAGCAAACAGUGUAGGGUAUUUUGGCUCGUUAAAGUGAGCUUCUUUUGGAUUUUUAAUUUCAUAUAUUGCAAUCAGCUUUGAUGGUUGUCACCCAUUUCAAAGAAAAUGCAGAGAGAGCAUGAACCCUAAGACUAAGGCCAAACAGCAAACAGUGUAGGGUAUUUUGGCUCGUUAAAGUGAGCUUCUUUUGGAUUUUUAAUUUCAUAUAUUGCAAUCAGCUUUGAUGGUUGUCACCCAUUUCAAAGAAAAUGCAGAGAGAGCAUGAACCCACGAGUUAUCAUACACGGCGAGAAACAUGUCUGCAUAUAUAUAUAUAUAUAUAUAUAUAUAUAUAUAUAUAUUGGCAAAAGUAUCAAACUUAUUCUGGUGCACGAGUAUCCACCUCUUUAUAUACACGGGUAAUAAUGAUGUCGGUACUUUCUUUUUGGAUUGAUGUUUUUUCUUUGACCUAUUUUUUGAUGUACUUACAUUUAUCUGUUAUCUCUAUUCAAUUGAUAAACAUUAUAUUUAUAUUA